GUGUGGAAGAGGGGGGAGAGAGUUCAAUUGCAUAGCCCCGUUUUGUAUAUGUCUCUUACCUCUCUUUGGGGCUCUGCAUCCAAAGGAAGGGGAGACGGGACUAAAUAUAUUGAUUGCACCAGUCACUGCUCUUCCCACCAGGAAGACACAUUUAUUAAGACUACUUGGUUGCGUGAGUGGGGCUUUUUUCCCCCCUUUAAUCUUUUGCAACCACUGAAAAGCAACCGAACAAACUCUUGAUUCAUUUACCACAAAUCCUGCAAGAUAUUUUUUUUUAAUUUGGUGGGAUUUUUGUUUUGCGGGAGGUAGGAAUUUUUAUUCCUGUUCUUUUGCUUUGCGCCUUUCAGAGAAACGCGAGUUUUAGCAGUGGGCGUGCUGCUUUUGCUGAAACACCUCGAGCACAGAGACAGUGAAAAAAAAAAAAAGCACUUGUGAACUCCGGGGUGGGGAAGAAGAGGUGGAAAAGAGAGAAAGAGAACUCGGAUUGGCGGUUGAUUAAACAAAAAAAAAAAAAGGAAAACUGUUUCCACUUUGAGCCGGGCUCCUGCAGUUAGAUUCCCAGUGCAAAGUUGGGAGAAAGGCGUGCAAUCGAGUGCCGGAGAGACAAAAGCUGUGUGGAGCUACAACUACUUUCCAGAGACGACCGUGCUUUAGGAGCGGAGCGUCUGCAACGGCGGCCGAGGAACUGGGAAAGUUGAGCGUCUUGUUCCAACCUGGUGCCAAGCUGAGCCCCGCCGACCUCCCCACAGCCGCCGCCGCCGCGUGCGAGCCCCAGAGAUGGUGCAGCAGACGAACAACGCGGAGAACACGGAAGCGCUACUGGCCGGCGAGAGCUCGGACUCGGGCGCCGGCGUCGAGCUGGGCAUCGCCUCCUCUCCCACGCCGGGCUCGACCGCUUCGACCGGGGGCAAAGCGGACGACCCGAGUUGGUGCAAGACGCCCAGCGGGCACAUCAAGCGCCCCAUGAACGCCUUCAUGGUGUGGUCGCAGAUCGAGCGGCGGAAGAUCAUGGAGCAGUCGCCAGACAUGCACAACGCCGAGAUCUCCAAGCGGCUGGGCAAGCGCUGGAAGCUGCUCAAGGACAGUGACAAGAUCCCCUUCAUCCGGGAGGCGGAGCGGCUGCGCCUGAAGCACAUGGCCGACUACCCCGACUACAAGUACCGGCCCAGGAAGAAGGUGAAGUCGGGCGCCAGCUCUGGCAAGCCCGGCGAGAAGAGCGGCGGGGGCACCGGCGGCGGCAGCGCCGCCUCCGCCGCUCCCAACUCUUCCAAAGUCGCCCUGAAGAAGGGCAGCGGCGCCGCCAAGCUCUCCCCCGGCACCGCCGCCAAGCCGCAUCCCAAGCUGAGCCUGAGCGGCGCCGCUGGCGGCAAAUCCUCGCCCCCGUUCCCGCCGUCGGAGCAGCCGGCCGCCCUCCUGCCGCCCGAGCACCACUCUCUGUACAAACCCCGCGCCGCCUCGCCGGGCUCCUCCUCGCCCUCGGGCGGCAAACACCUCCCCGAGAAGAAGGCCAAGCGCCUCUACCUCUUCUCCCACGCCUCGCCCGGCGGCGCCGUGCCCGCUAGCCCCACGCUCAGCGCCUCCACCGAGGCCAGCGACCCGCUCAGCCUCUACGACGAGGCGGGGGCCGGCCAGCACGACGGCCUCGGAGGCGGGGAGCCCGUCGUUUCCCCCGCCGGCGCCUGCUCCCCGUCGGAUCACCGCAGCUACACCAGCCUGAGGGCGCCCUCGCCGGCGCCGUCCACCUCGCGCUCCUCGUCCUCCUCGUCGGGCUCUUCCUGCGCUUCCUCCUCUUCAGACGACGAGUUCGAAGACGACCUCUUGGACCUCAACCCCAGCCCGGGCUUCGACGGCAUGGCCCUGGGCAGCCUCGGCUCCUCCGCGCUCGACAGGGACCUGGAUUUUAGCUUGGAGCCCGGCUCGGGCUCGCACUUUGAGUUCCCGGACUAUUGCACCCCGGAGGUAAGUGAGAUGAUCUCGGGGGACUGGCUCGAGUCCAGCAUUUCCAACCUGGUCUUCACGUACUGAGGGGACCGAGGGACGGGGGGCAAGAAGCAAAAAAGAGGAAAAAAAUUCAAAGGGGGGCGAGAGAAGACCCCGCGCGCGCCACAGACUGAGGAGGGAAAAUGCCGCCCACCGGUUCUCUUUCUGGUUCCUUCAUGAAAUGGACUUUGUUGGGGGGGGGUGUCGUUUGUUUCUCCCCCCCCAUGGUAAAAGGGAUCAACUUUUUUAUAUAUAGAAACCACAGAAGUGCAUCGCUUUCUUCUUGUCAACCCAGAUCCCCACCCCCACCCGUUUUUUCCACGCUCCAACGGCCGAAGAAAUGAGUUCACAUUUCAGAGACUUGCGCGAACACCUCGGAAGGUUUCUGGCUCUCACCGGUUGUUCUUGGAAAGGGGGAGGGAAGAUUGUGCUGUGUGAUUUUGCUGGAUAUAUUUGGCGGGUGGGGGGGUUGGGGGGCUUAUGUCCGAAACAAAUCGGCAGUUCUUGCAAUAGGGAAAAGGAGGGGCCCUUGCUCCAGCCUCUGCCCCCCCCCAUUAACAGGAGAUGUGGGGUAAGAGAGAGGCCCCCAAGAACUGGACUGAGGUCCUAUGUAAGAUUUGGAAGAAUAUAAAAGAGGGAGGUGUUAAAAGGAACUGGAAGCUGGCUAAGAGAAGAUAAUAAUAAAACUGAGAAGGAUUUGCACGUAUAAAAGGGCGAAGGUGGCCGCGAUUUUCUGAGUCACCUUAUAUUAUAUACAGAUAAGUCAGUUAUGUGUGGAAUUUCAACAACACUGAACUUUUUUUAAUUAAAAAAAAUGGAGUCCGGUAUAGAACAUACCAAGUUUCUGUAAUGAUGUGGUACAGGGGAAAUAAGAGGGCAAUUGCUCCUUUUUUUGCGAAAAAUGUGUUUUUCUUCUUUCUCAGAAUCGUGAUGGUGUUGGAUUAUUUCACUGGUGGGGUUUAAUAUAGCAUGUUAUCCUGUCUAUCUUUCUGAGAUUUCUGUAAGACUGUUGAACAGUUUAAAAGAAUAGUGUUAGAAUAAUAUAAAAAGCAGAUAGAUGGCGCUAUGUUUGAUUCCUACAAAAAUAUCACCAGCUUUUUUCAUUCUUAACUCUUUAAAGGAUUCAAACGCAACUCAAAUCUGUGCUGGACUUUAAAAAAAUUCAGGACCAAAUUUUUCCUCAGUGUCUGUGUGUGUGCGUGCGCGUGUGUUCCUUUAUAGCUGCAAAUGAAGACUUUUCUUUUCACCCUCAUGAUCCAUCCUUGAAAAGUCCCCCCCCCCUGUAAAUGUAAUUGGAUGCCAUUUUAUAAGUGAAGUAUUUAUACUGGCCAAACAUUUUUUACUUGUAUUACUUUGUCCUCUUUUGGUAGUUCUGUUGUUACCCACACCAUUUUUAUGUCACCUUCGCUGAAGGGCUAGAGUUUUAACUUUUAAUUUUUUAUAUUUAAAUGUAGACUUUUGACACUUUUAAAAACAAGAGAAGAGAGAUGAAAACGUUUGAUUAUUUUCUCAGUGUAUUUUUGUAAAAAAUAUAUAAAGGGGUGUAAAUUGCUGUUUUGGAUUUCCUGAUUACACAGGGCUGCUGGUUAAUAUCUCUCACACACACAAAAUCAGCCCCUAUAUUCAUCAUGUUUACACUCCAAUCUGCAGGCUUCUUAAAGAGACAGCAUCCCUUGUAAUUCACUAUUCAACUCUCCUUAUGAGUUGAGAGGGAGGGGCUGAACUAAUUUCCUGUAGGGCUAAUUUCUAACAAACAAAACCCCUCUCAGAGUCAAUAGUAUGUUGUACAGAAACAACUGGAUCAUUUUCAGAAAAAGGGAUCCUGUAGCUUUAAAUUGUAAACCACAUCUUUUGCACUUUUUUAUAAGCGAAAAAAACCCGUGCCGUUUAAACCACUGGAUCUAUCUAAAUGCCGAUUUGAGUUCGCGACACUAUGUACUGCGUUUUUCAUUCUUGUAUUUGACUAUUUAAUCCUUUCUACUUGUCGCUAAAUAUAAUUGUUUUAGUCUCUUAUGGCAUGAUGAUAGCAUAUGUAUUCAGGUUUAUAGCUGUUGUGUUUAAAAUGAGAAAAAGUGAAAACAUCUUUGUACAUUUAAGUCUGUAUUAUAAUAAGCAAAAAAGAUUGUGUGUUUAUGUAUGUUAAUAUAACAUGACAGGCACUAGGACAUCUGCCUAAUGAGGAGGUUCCGUUAAGGGUUUUUAACUUUUUUUUUGUCAUCCAUCCUGUGCAAUAUGCUGUGUGGAAUAUCUUUGUCUAACAAUCUGCCCAUAAUACAACCUGGGGGUGGGGGGAGGGGAAGCUGGCUAAUUUUGCCAAGUUCACUGCCUGUCAGAUUGUCAAUAUACUUUCUGUAAAUAACCUUUUUUUUUCCUGAAGGAAAUAAAAUCAGCUGGAACUGAAC